AUGGAACGGCUGGGCGUGGAUUGCACGAGUUUCCUAUUCGGCAUACGUAUCACACGCGACCUUAUAUCGCUGGUGGUUUGGGAACUCAACCUCCUUGAUGAAAAUAUCACUAUUUUCGGUGGUAUCCCUUAUCGGAAUGGUGGUUCUCGCUAUUAUGGUCGCGACCGCUUUUUGGCUGAUAUUGGAAGCACCGAUGAACCAAAUCGU